CUGUGACUCUUAAGCUCAACUAUAACUCUACAUACCAUUGUUCAAAUCGUCUGCACUCUGCUAAUUAAACUGGAUCACAGAGGUGAAGGUGGCCAAAGAAUGAGUGGGACUCGGUCAGUGAAGUUACUGAUUCUCAUCUCUAGUUGGCUCUUCUUCCACUCCCACCUUGUUUUUAAAGCCUCAUGUGGUGGUGGUGAUGAUGGACCCCAAUAUGAUUAUUCUGCUUACACAGACUGUAGCUAUCAUCCCCAAGCUCCUCUUUACAAUGGAGGUGUUCUGGUGGACAAGAGUGGAAGAAUUCCCAUGACAUACCACAAAACCGAGACUGGCAUUGCUUCUCCUGCGUUUCUGCUGCACAAUCUGACUGCGAAUACCAUGUACAGUUUCUCAUGUUGGGUUAAGAUUCAUGGAACGAGUUCAGCUCUUCUUAGGGCGACAAUAUCUACAGAGGGUGUAACAUUGCACUGCAUAGGAACUGUGCUUGCAAAAAGCGGGUGCUGGUCAUUUCUUAAGGGCGGUUUUGUUCUCGAUGCUUUCUCCAGAUCCUCCAUUCUUUAUUUUCAGAAUAUGAAUGAGGACUUGACUGAGAUUUCAGUGGCAAGCGCUUCACUGCAGCCCUUUUCGGUGGAGCAGUGGUCAAAACAGCAAGAACAGAGCAUCCGAACAAAAAGAAAACGCGCGGCGACGAUCCAAGCCGUAGAUGGAGAAGGUAAUCCAAUUGCCGGAGCCAAUGUUUCGAUCCAGCAGUCGUCCAAAGACUUUCCCUUCGGCUCCGCCAUCGCCGGCACCAUCCUCGGCAACAAGCAGUAUCAGAGGUGGUUCGCCGAGCGAUUCAACGUCGCGGUGUUCGAGAACGAGCUCAAGUGGUACGCAACGGAGCCACAGCCCGGGAAGCUCAACUACGCCCUCGCCGACGACAUGCUCAAGUUCGUCAGGUCGAACAAAAUCAUGGCGCGAGGGCACAACAUCUUCUGGGAGAACCCGACGUGCGCGCCGGAGUGGGUGCAGAACCUCACCGGCGGCGAUCUCCGGGCCGCCGUCAAGUCCCGCAUCCGGAGCUUGUUAUCCCGGUACAGGGGGCAGUUCAUCCACUGGGACGUCAACAACGAGAUGCUCCACUUCGACUUCUACGAGCAGCGGCUGGGGGAGAACGCGUCGACGGAGUUCUUCCGCACCGCGCAGCAGGCCGACCCGCUCGCCACCCUCUUCAUGAACGAGUUCAACGUGGUGGAGACCUGCAGCGACGAACAGUCGACCGUGGACACCUACAUAUCGCGACUAAAGCAGCUCAGGAAUGGAGGAGCCCCCAUGUUGGAAGGGAUCGGCCUUCAAGGACACUUCGGGAGGCCAAAUAUUCCACUGAUGCGAGCGGUGCUCGACAAAUUGGCUUCUCUGGGAUUGCCCAUUUGGCUAACAGAAGUCGACAUCGCCCAAAAUCUCGGCGAACACCGACAGGGCGUGUUUUUGGAGGAGGUGCUGCGGGAGGCAUUUGCGUACCCGUCGGUGAGCGGCAUUGUGCUAUGGGCUGCUCUGCAUCCGGAUGGGUGCUACCAGAUGUGCUUGACGGACGGCGGGCUUGGGAAUCUACCAACGGGGGAGGUGGUGGAGAAUCUGUUGAGGGAGUGGGAGACGAAGGAAGGAGGGGCGAGCGACGAGCAUGGGCAGUAUAGCUUCGUUGGGUUCUUGGGGGAGUACAAGGUGAGUGUGGUCGAUGGAAACAAGUCUGCAGAGAUCACCAUGUUCCUUAGUCGAUCCGAUGAGACUAAACAUGUUGUCGUUCAACUUUGACAAUCCAAUUUAAUUGUUCUAAGCACAGACACAUGAGCUUGCCCAGUUUAUUUAUUUGCCAUUUUUCUAGA